AUGGUGGAAUGGAACGUGUCUGGUGGGUUCUCCGUUUCCCCAUUCUCAUCUAGACGUCAACGAAUCGGGUCUCCACGAAAACCCCUAUCUCUACGAAAUCGACCGUUUGUCUGCGGCAGCGUCUUCACCUCUAGACUUGGUCUACCCCGACUGGGAGUUGCACGCCCCCGCUACCAUCGAGAAGCCGCGUCCGGAGAACGAGACGCCGCUGAUCUUGGUGGAGACGGAGGCGUCGAUGCACGAACUGGUGAAUUCGCUGAAGCAAGAGCAGGCGAUCGCGGUGGAUCUGGAGCACCACAGCUACCGAAGCUAUCAGGGCUUCACCUGCUUGAUCCAGAUCUCGACGCGCACGACGGACUAUCUGGUGGACGUGCUGGCGAUCCGCGAGUUCGUCGGCGAGCUGAACGAAGUCUUCACCGACCCGUCGAUCCUCAAAGUCCUCCACGGCGCCGACAUGGACGUCCAGUGGCUCCAGAAGGACUUCGGCGUCUACAUCGUCAAUCUCUUCGACACGGGCCGCGCCGCGCGCGUGCUGGGCUUCGAGUCCUUCGGCCUCGCCUAUCUGCUCAAGCGAUUCUGCGGAGUCACCGCCAACAAGGAGUUCCAACUCGCGGACUGGCGAAUCCGCCCCUUGACGCGGGACAUGAAGAAAUACGCGCGCGAAGACACGCAUUUCCUGCUCUACAUCGCCGACGAGCUUCGCGCGCUUCUCCAGUCCCAGUCCCAGUCCACAGACCACAACCUCAUCCGGGAGGUCCUGGAGCGCAGCGCGCAGCUGACGCGGCAGAGCUACCAGAAGCCGCAGACCACGCUGGACGGAGUAUUCGCGGUUAUCGAGAAGUUUUGGCGGGGAGGAGUUUCAAAACGCGCGUCUUCGCGCUGCUGUUCUUCUGGAGGGACGCCCUCGCGCGCGAAAUGGACGAAUCCCCGCAAUUCAUCCUUCCCCAGAUUUCCCUCUCGAAGCUGGCGCACAAUCUCCCGCGGAACACCGCCGAUCUGUUCCGCCUGCUGCAGCCGGUCCCCGCGGUUAUCCGGAGCCACGCGCGGGAAAUCGUGGAACUGGUGCAGCGCGGGUUGGAGGGCGUUUCGCUGGAGGAGGCGGCGAUCCGCGAAGCCGUGUGGCAGGUUCGGUUCCCCGCGGAACCUUCGAUCGAAGCCAAGACGAAGGAUUCCCGCGGGGAAGAGCCGGUGGCGGUGAAGAGCGCGCGGAAAAUCGCGGGAGAGAAGAGCAAACUGGACGGUUUGGUGAAGGAGGGAGCCGCGCAGUUGCAGAAGGCGUUUCAUCCGGAUUUUAGCCGGCCGAGCGUGCCUCUGAGUGAAACGCCCAUGGUCCCCAUUUCCACGAUUCCGAGGGACGAUGAAACGCCCCAGACGGUGGAAACGGAGAACCAGAAAGUGGAAAGAGAGAAACGGCGGGAGGAAAUGCAGAGCCAGUUCCAUUUAGAGACCAUAUUGAGGGAAUUGGCCCUAAUUAAUGGGGACAUGGAGGGAGACGAAGACGAAGAUGUCGAAGAUGACGGCGAAGAUGACAACCGGGUCAACCGGGUCAACCGGGAAACCGGGCAAUCGGCGAUGGAAACGGAGAAACCGGAGCCAAUCGGAUCGAUCCGCGAGAAAUACGCGAAUUCCCGCGACAAUCGGCAGUCGGUGAAGCGAGAAGCAAAAGGGGAAACGGUGGAAGAGCUGCUGGGCGUUUCUCCGGUGGACCUGCGAAGUGAGGAAUCGAUGAAGAAAGCGAUUGGGUGGAAAUCGAAGAAACCGAAGAAGGAAGAAAAAGAAAAAGAAAACGAAAAAGAAAACGAGGAGGUGAUCGAAUUGCCGAAGAUCACGGAGGAAGAGAUGCAGGAAAUGAUCCAUUCUGUGGGCGCGGAUGAGUUUAAUGUGGAUAAGGAGAAGUAUGACAGCACGCUGAAUAAGAAUAAACAGAAGAAGAAGGGAGAACAGCAGAAAGUGGCGGAGAAGAAAAGACGGUUCAGAAAAGGAAGACAGUGAAAUCGGAAGGAAGGAUGUGUGUUUAGAUUCAAUACU